UAUUAUUUACUUCACUCUCCAGUGCAGCGGGUGGCGCUAAACAAUUACGUUUGUUUGACAAACAACAUUUAACCUCAGGAGAAGAAGAUUAGUUUCACUGCGCUCUCUGUUUUGUCGUCAUGCUGUUUCAAUAUAGAUUGUUGGAAAUGUUGUUUCUGUAAAUAGAAAAUACAGUUUUUGAGUCAGGUCAGUAAAUACCUGUAAUAUACUCAUCCUCACAUUCGUGACUAAGUUUUGAAUCAAGCAGGAAUAUCUGGAGGAGUAUCAUCUGAACUGAGAUCUGCUGCUGUGAAGAUGGAGUUUGUUAAAGAGGAGAGUGAAGAGAACACGAGAGAACCAGAAACCUGGAGAAUAAAACACGAGGAAACAGAAACCAAGAGAAUAAAACACGAGGAGCCAGAAACACAGAUAAUAAAACAUGAAGAACCAGAAACCCGGAAAAUAAAUCACGAGGAACCAGAAACAUGGAGAAUAAAACACGAAGAACCAGAAACUCGGGGGGAAAAACACGAGGAGGCAGAAACAAAAAUAAAACACGAAGAACCAGAAACCCGGAAAAUAAAACACGAGGAACAAGGAGAGUAUAUUGAAGAAAAUGAGGAGAAAGAGAUGGAAGUGGAGGAGAGAAAUCAUAUUAAAACUGGAAAAAAACCUUCAAGAUGCUCUCAAAGGAACAAAUUGUCAAGAAAAAAUGGUAUUGAUGUUCACAUGAAACGGCACACUUGUGAUCAGUGCGGGAAGAAUUACACACGAAAAGAACACCUUAGAGCACACAUGAGAGUUCAUACUGGAGAGAAACCGUUUAAUUGUGAUCAGUGCGGGAAGAGUUUCACACGAAAAGGACUACUUACAGCACACAUGAGAGUUCAUACUGGAGAGAAACCGUUUAAUUGUGAUCAGUGCGGGAAGAGUUUUUCACUAAAAGGACUACUUACAGCACACAUGAGAGUUCAUACUGGAGAGAAACCGUUCACUUGUGAUCAGUGCGGGAAGAGUUUCUCACAAUUAUCACAUCUUUAUGCACACACAAAUGUUCACACUAGAGAGAAACUGUAUGCAUGUGAUCAAUGUGACAAAAUGUUUUUGAGGGCUUCACACCUGAAGCAGCACCUGAGAGUUCAUACAAAAGAGAAACCACAUUCAUGUCAUUUGUGUGGAAAGAGUUUUUCACGUCUACAACAUUUGAAAGGGCAUCAGAAAAUACAUACUGGUGUGAGAGAGUACAUGUGCUUUGAGUGUGAAAAGACUUUUACUACAGCGACCAAUUUAAAACUGCAUGAGAGGAUCCACACUGGAGAGAAACCUUAUAAGUGUUCAUACUGUGAACAGAGAUUCAGUCAGUCAGGAGCUCUGAAAACACAUGAGAGUAUCCACACUGGAGAGAAACCCUACAAGUGUUCACACUGUGACCAAGGCUUCACUUAUUCAUCAAAUCUGAUAACACAUGAGAGGAUGCACACUGGAGAGAAACCUUACAAGUGUUCAUACUGUGAACAGAGAUUCAGUCAGUCAGGAGCUCUGAAAACACAUGAGAGGAUCCACACCGGAGAGAAACCCUACAAGUGUUCACAUUGUGACAAGAGAUUCAGGGAUUCAUCAAGUCUGAAAACACAUGAGAGGAUCCACACUGGAGAGAAACCCUACAAGUGUUCACAUUGUGACAAGAGAUUCAGGGAUUCAUCAAGUCUGAAAACACAUGAGAGGAUUCACACUGGGGAGAAACCGUAUCACUGCACUGAAUGUGGGAAGUGUUUCAGUAAUACAUCUUCUCUACACAGACAUACAAAAAACAAUCACAGCAAGUAGGUCAUCUUCAGAUUUGAUGCUGCCUCCCAGUACCGCCACUCCCUAUACGCAGAGUACGCAGAGAGAAACUCCCUUCUGAUAUUGCUCCACUAUUUUUCGCCACAGCACUGGGGAAAUUAGUGAUCCUCUGACCAUCUUGACCUCUGAGAGACACUGCCAUUCUGAGAGGCUCUUUUUAUACACAAUCAUGAUGCCAAUUGACCUAAGUUGCAAAUUGGUCAUCCAGCCGUUCCUUAUAUGUACAUUUAACUUCUCUUGACUCUUAUAGCUACCUGUACCAACUUUUUUGGAAUGUGUAGCUCUCAUGAAAUCCAAAAUGAAUCAAUAUGUGGCAUGACAUUUCAAAAACUCUCACUUUCAACAUUUGAUAUGUUAUCUAUAUUCUAUUGUGAAUCAAAUAUAAGCUUAUGAGAUUUGUAAAUUCUUCAUUCCUUUUUUACUCACAAUUUGUACAGUGUCCCAACUUUUUUUUAAAUCGGGUUUGUAGAUGCAGGAUAUACUGUCAUGUUGAUUUGUAAUUGAGGUUUUGCUUCUCUUGUAAAAAACGAUCUAAAUGUAUUAGAUGGGCCCAUUUCAGAAGCAGUGUGAGCUACUCCGUCAGUGCAGAUUCAACAGACCACAGAGUGAAUAUGUGAGAGUGAUCCCAUCUAAAAAUAAAAAAAUAAAGUUAUUUUGCAUUAAGCAUUUAAAUAAAAAUUCCUGUUAAAUUUGACUAAAACUCCUAUAUUUAAAAAAAAUAACCAAAGAAAAUUGCAUUUUUUUCUAAAGCAUUUGAUUGUAUGCAAGUUUUUAAUACCUCUUGAAAGGUGACCAUUUUUAGUGUUUCAUGAAGUUUAAAGCCUUAAAGCAUUGAGUACUGCUGGCAGAACACUGGAGCUAUAUCAGGUUAAUGGUAAUGCGGUUUAUGAUUACUUGAAGAGUCAUAUUAAACAUAGGCAUGCUCAAACUACAAGAGUUACAAGAGUUAGGGGGGGUCAAAUUUGUAAAUUUUUGCAAUAAAUUAGCAAAAUGUCAAUUGAUUCUUUGUAAACGUCAAACUAUAGGUGGCGUUGUAUGUAGUCUUUUUUUACGGACAUACUCUUGUUGAUAUCUACCUCAUCUUGUGCUGCCAUGUUACAUUUAGAAGAUAUUGGAGCGGACUUCAAAAGUGUAAAUGUGUUUUUUUCUUGUCUUUGUCUCGAGAAGUCAAGAGACGCAUGAACGGUUUAAAAAGUUAAACAAAAUGAAAAAUUUGCCAUAGUGUACAGACUUCUGGUAUUUUCUUCAGACAUCUUACCCAUUAAAGGUUUUCUUUUAAGUGAAA